AACGCUGUUUUCCCUCUUCUUUUUUUCACUUUAAAAUCAUGCCUUUAUUUUGAAACUGUUGUGCAGUGUAAUGAAAAGCGGCGAAACAGCACAGGCAGGGGCUGUUCCUCACUCACCUGAACUGAAUCCAUCAGAUAAUCUCGUUUCCCUGAUAAAUCAAUCAGAAAUUAGUGCGCAGACGCGCAACAGCGUCCUUAAAACGGAGCCACCGUGGCUCCAUCUAUCAAUACGAGCGCUUCCUGAGCGCUUCUGCCUCGGAGGUUAAUGAUUUGCAGGUUAUCUCGUACUUAGUACUUGAGCGUGGAGUUUGGAGUCUGCCCUCCCCCGAUGAUAAAACAUAACAGGAGAAGCCCGAGCUUGCUUUGCCUUUCUUCGGUGGCCCAUCGGAGCCUCUUGACCCCCCAGAACCCGGUUUGGUUCCUCUGGACGCAGACGGAGGACUCAUAAUGUUGCCUGUCGUUGUGCUCCUUCUCUGCGCCGCCUGCUCGGGGUCAGCCUCUGCUAAAGGUGACUGCGUCUCCUGUGUUUCUUCAGGUGCUGCUGCCGGACCCCGACUGAACAACAACCAGCUGUACAAAUUCAGCUACACCACCGAGGUCCUGCUGGACAAACCCAGCGGGUCAAAAGAGGGCAGUGCUGGCUACAGGAUCUCCAGCGACGUCCACGCCAACCUGGUCUGGAGAGAUCCGGGCAACAAGGACGACCAGCUGAUUCAGCUGGCGGUUUCAAACGUGAGGAUUGAGCCCGUGUCUGACAGACCGGAGAAGAAGAAUGUCCUGCAUGGAGCCACAACAGAAAGCAUUUUGGGGAAAAACAACCUGGAUGCCCUGACUAAACCUUUCUUCCUGCAUCUGAAAAGUGGAAAGACGAAAGCGAUUUAUUCCUACUGGGCCGAACCGGCAACCAUUAAGAAUCUGAAGAGAGGCCUGGCCAGCCUGCUGCAGCUGCAGCUCAACACUGGAAAGGUUAUAGAGAACGAUGUGUCUGGAAGGUGCACGGUGGAAUACAAAGCAGUAAAAGGUCAAGUAACCAGAACCAAAAUCCUGGAGACAUGUCAGACGGCAGAGCCUGGAUUCACCACACACAGCAAGGUCCUGGGUGUGAGCAGGGAGUCCAGCUCCGUUACGGUGUUCACGCUCGACGAUGGUUUCAUCCGCUCGGCCGUGGCUGAAGAGUCACACUCGGUGGCCGUUAACACUCGGAGCUCCACAGCUGCUAAAGUCGUGUCCAGGCAAACCCUCACGUUGUUGGGGAAAGAGUCCGGGCCGGCGGAGGCUGCGGGGAAAGACGUCUCCGCGGUUGUCAAAUCAAUUGAUGCCAAACUGGCAGCUGUUGGUAUCGCAGCUGAGAAGGUCAAAUCCGAGUGCAAAGGCUGUCCAUCACUUUUUGAACAUUGGCAGGCGGAGCAGAAGCAGCUGGAGCCAACGAGCCUAUCCAAGGCGACGGCUCCUCGCAGCUUCCUGGCGCUCAUCCAGAGCAUUAGGAAGGCGUCCAAGGAUGAGAUCCUCAAAGUGUUGAAGAGUGCAAGCAAGACAUCUCUACCUCAGGUGGUGGAUGCUGUGACUUCCUCCCAGACGCCUGCGUCUCUGGAUGCCAUGCUUCAGUUUCUUAACUUCACCGAUGCCAAAGGUUUGGUCCUGCAGGAGAGAUUUCUCUAUGCGUGUGGCUUUGCCUCUCAUCCCAGUGAGCGAGUGCUUCAGGCUCUGCUGGAUAUUUAUAAAGGAAAGAUCGGCAGCACUGACAUCAAGGAAUCCGUGGUGAUCAUUAUGGGGGCUCUGGUACAUAAACUGUGUCUGAAAGGAGAGUGCGACUUACCGACCGUGGUGCAGGUGAAGAAGAUGAUUCUCGAGGGUCCCGACAGCACAAAAGUGGAGUCGGAGGUUCAGAUGUACCUCCUGGCUCUGAAGAACUCUCUUCUCCCCGAGGCCAUUCCCAUUUUCACCAAAUAUGCAGAGUCGGAGGUGGGAGCUUACAGCACCAUCGCCCUCACUGCCCUGCAGAGAUACGACGUCGGCCUCAUGACCAGCGAGGUGAAACGGACAGUGAACAGGGUUUACCACCAGAAUCUGCGAAUCUAUGAGAAGAACGUGAGAGCUGCUGCGGCCGACGUCAUCCUCAGCAGCAACCCCUCCUACAUGGAGGUGAAGAACCUGCUGCUGUCCAUCGGACACCUGCCCCACGAGAUGAACAAGUACAUGCUGUCCAAGAUCCAGGAUAUCAUUCGCUUCAAUACGCCCGCCAGCAAAGUAAUGCAGCAAGCUAUGAAAGACAUGAUUUCCCACAACUAUGACCGUUUUGCAAAAGUUGGGUCUUCAUCUGCAUUUUCAGGAUUUAUGGCACAAUCGGCUGACAUGACGUCCACAUACAGUCUGGACAUCCUGUACUCAGGCUCUGGGAUCCUGAGAAGAAGCAACAUGAAUAUUUAUGGUGCCAGUAAAGGAUCAGUGCUCCACGGACUCCAGGUGGCAAUCGAGGCCCAGGGACUGGAGUCCCUCAUCGCAGCCACGCCCGAUGAAGGAGAGGAAGACCUGGAGUCCUUUGCUGGCAUGUCAGCGCUGCUGUUUGACGUCCAGCUGCGACCUGUCACCUUCUUCAAGGGUUACAGUGAUCUUAUGUCCAAAAUGUUCUCCAUGACUGGAGAGCCCAUGAAUGUGGUGAAGGGCCUCAUCCUGCUGUCUGAUCACUCCGAGGUGAUCCAGCUGCAGUCUGGUCUGAGGGCGAGCGUCGAGUUUCAGGGAGGACUUGCCAUCGACAUUUCGGGAGGAAUGGAGAUCAGUUUGUGGUACAGGGAGUCCAAGACCAGCGUCAACAACAGGGGAGCUUUAGUGGUGAGCGGUAACGUUACCGUGGACAUGGACUUUUUGAAAGCAGGCUUGGAGGUCAGCUUCGAAACAGAGUCGUCCCUGGAUUUCAUCACCACCGUCCAGUUCUCCGAAUACCCCUUCCUAGUGUGCAUGCAGAUGGACAAAACCACCUUCCCUGUCAGUGAACGUCUGACCAAAUACGAGAGCCUGUCGUCGGGAAAGAGCGUCGUGUCUCGUAAGGGUAGAAAGUUCCUGAUCCCCGGCUCCGAGUUCCCGCUCCAUCAGGAGAACUCAAACAUGUGCAAAAGGGUUUUCGACUCCAGCUGGUAGAGAAAACACGGCAAACUACCCUAGAGGGGUCACUGCAACCAGGGACAGAUACCAACUCCUCACCUGCGCAGAAGCAGGUCUGCAAUACUCAACCACUGAAAGGCCCCCAAAAACAUGUGGUGGAAGAUUUCUAGUUUUCUUUUUUUGUUUUUUUCUGAACGACACAUGCAAUGUUUACAUUCCUGAGAGUAUUUAAGUCAUUUCACUUCCUCAACUUUUUGCUUUAAAUCAGGGAUCCUUGCAUUGUCUUUUUAAAUGUAUUUAUGAUGGGCACAUUCAAGAUGUUGUUUUUUUUCCUCUAUGUGUCAUACUUUGUGGGACCACUGUAAAUUUUCCCUGGUACAUUUACAUGUAAAUAUCCACACUGGAAAUAUACUCUGAAUUCACAUUUUUCUCCUGAAAAGAUCUGAAUUCUCCGCUUCAUCAUUAAAGGAAAUUGUGCACAAACGUUGCAGAAGUGCAAACAGUCAUUGGGGGAUGGACACAGGGAUUUACUUCAGCAUUUCACGUGUCUUUAAAAGAAGAACAACUUCAAAUGACGUGUGUGUCCAGAAACUAAUCCAAGUUAAUUCUGUUUUUUUAGUAAUUCAGCUGUUUUUGCUCUUACAAAAA